UCAUCGGCGCAACGCUUGAGCAAGAUUUGGAUGCACGUUCGCACCGAUGAUUAAUUUAAUGAAAAGAAAUUAAAAUCUUGAUUACCUUGAAAUACAAAAGCUGAGCUUGGUGGCUGGAUGACGUCCUCUUCUUCGGAUACUCGCAAAAGAAAUUUAACAGAGUAGUUAACAGCUCGACAGCAACCAUAAUAAUUAAGUUAUGUUAUACACUAAAGUGGGUCGAAAAAUGUGUAGCAAAUUUAGGCCGCUGGCCUAAACACUAUUCGUGUGCUUUGCUACACGAGCCAUUCAUAUCGAGCUUGUUAGCGAUAUGACAACCGAAUCCUUCCUUGCAGCUCUGACUCAAUUUGUGUCCAUGCGUGGGCUCCGUUCGGACAUUUAUAGCGACCAUGGUACAACUUUGGCGGAGCUAACGAAUGGAUGACAGAAGAAGCACGCGCACUAAAGGCACAACUGCAGACAGCCGCUACUAAUGCAUCUACAAUAGGUAUCAAUGGGCACUUUAUACCUACUAGCGCGCCUAACUUUGGUGGCUUGUGGGAGGCCGGAGUGAAGAGUAUGAAGUACCAGCUCAAGCGUGUAACCCAUGACACCACAUUAACAUUUGAAGAAUUGUACACAAUUUUGAAACAGGUAGAGGCAAGCUUAAACUCUCGGCCACUUUCUGCAAUGUCUGAUGAUCCGCAGGACUUCUCGGCACUAACAACGGGUCAUUUUUUAGUUGGCAGACCCUUACUUGCAAUCUCGGAGCCAAGUAUCCUUGAUGAAAAGGUAACUCCAGUAAAACGAUGGAAUUUAUUGACACAAAUGCAUCAGAGCUUCUGGCGUAGAUGGUCUAUCGACUACUUACAACAACUUCAGAAUCGUAGUAAGUGGUAUAUGUCGCAAACGAAUGUGGCUAUUGGCCAGCUUGUCUUAGUUCGCGACGAACGGCUGCCACCAAGGUGCUGGGUUAUGGGACGCAUAAUCGACACACAUGCCGGGGCUGAUGAUGUAGUUCGAGUCGUUACAAUAAAGACCAAGAAUACUAUUCUAAAAAGACCCAUUUCUAAGAUAUCCCUGCUGCCUAUUGACACUGAAGCAACGAAUGGCCUCAAUCGCAUGGAGACUACAAUUAGUCAUGCAACAUUUUACAAGGUGGGCGGAGUACAACAUUAAUUUCGUCGAGGUUGUCGACGAGAUGGGCGGAAUGUUUCCACUAACUCCUUCAAAUUGCAACUCUUAUGGUUCUUCACUCUCCUUUUUGUACUCUCUAGCUUUUGACUUUUGCUUUUGGUGCUGUUGUUCGCUGUAAAAAAACGCACUGUCGUCUUUGCUUUUUUGUUUUGAAUAAAGAUUAAUUGGAAGCAAUUAAUUACGUAGUUGACUUAUUAUUAGCGAAGAUAUUUGCUACAGGGACACGAAAUUUAAAUUAGGUAUAUUACUUUUUAACCGACUUAAAAAAAAGGAGGCUGUCAAUUCGUCGGAAUAUUUUUACAAGCUUUUAUUCAACUUGCUCAUCCUGCGGGAAUUUCCCAUCGAUUUUAAAUUAACUUCCCGACGAACUAGAUACUUGAGAUUUCCAGCAUAGUUCUAAUCACGAUGAAAAUGCAAUUUAAAAUAUGAAUUCAUUCCCUAGAUGGUCCAGGGGUCUUGAUACAAAGGCGAUCAAAACACAAGUUAUGGCUAACAAAGCGUAAUUUGUUAAAGAACGUAAAAACGCUAUAAAUUUGUUAAAGCUGUCGGCAGUAGUAAAUAAUAAGUAUAGUUUCAGGCGCUAAUAAGAGAAAUUAGCUUAAACAGUGUUUAACAUUGCCAAACUGUUCAAUUUUAGGCACUUCUGUUAAGAAUAACAUUAUUUGGUUUCCUCAAACAGGGUGUUAAGCUUCGGUUUCCUCGAAAAGUGGUGCCGUAAUAUUCCGACCGUAUCAUACCGAACGCCAUUCUUAACGCAAAUAGCGGUACCGCUUUUAUGUAAAGCUAAAUGGACGUAACUUUGCGCUUUUAUGUUGUAUAGGCAUUCAUUGCUUUUCACAAAGUUUAUUAGGACUUCAUCCUCUUCGGCCAUCCAUGCACUUUCCACUUUAUUAUUCAAAAUUCAUAGAAAUGUAUAUUUAAUGCUUUUAUAUUGGUCAAAAGAAUUGUAAACAAAUUUUCUAAUACACCGCUACAAAUAUGACGUUGCCACAAAACGUUGAUAAAUAGUUAUACACCGUCACUGUUGCCGUCAGAAAUAUUACGGUGCCGUCAAAUUACAUUACGGUGUGUAUUGCCGUCAUCUUAGUUGACAUCUUGCAAUAUUUACAUGGCAACGUUUAGUUACAUGGCAUUAGUGAAAUACAGAGAUGCGAUAAAAGGCAUGCAUAAUGCACAUGCAUGCAUUUUAAAAGUGUACAUACUUCUGCUAUCCCAUAGGCGAAAGAAAUUCAGUUAGUACGAAGUUCUUCUUCUGAAUACUGUUAAGGCGAUGUGGAUAAUGCUGCAUAGUCGUGUGCCAUGGAUGAUUAAUCGGUUAAUCGAAUGGAAAAAGUUGUUUCAAAAAAUAACCGAAUACCAUUAAUCGAUUAACCGUUCACUUUCGACUAACCGUUCAUAAUCGACUAGUUGUUUUCAUUCGAUUACUUGACAGAUUCGACUAUUCGAAUAGUUGUUUUCUUUCAAUAUUUCAUAAGUUUUGCGGUUGAUAGGCUUUGAAUAUUUAUAGUACCCAAAAUGGUGUGCAUGAAUUAUGAUGGAGAUGAAUACGUGACUUAUAGCAAAAUAUGCAAAAUUCAAGGUGCAUCCAUCACCUUUAGAAACUCAUGGAAUCCAGGGUUACAACAAGAGAAAUGGGUAACAUAUUUGUUGCAAUUAAUCGUGCUAUUGCACGAGAAAUGGUCUCUUGGCGCUCGUUUGA